AUGGACCAAGCAGAUGAUCUGGGGGAUGAACUUCAACCCUUCGAUGUGAGCUAAAUUUCUUUUAUCCAGCAUUAGUUUUACCCCCCUUUUCUUUAUCAAACUGGCACUGUUAGUUGAAUACCGAACAAAGUUCUUUAAUUUUGGUUGAGAAUUCUUUCAAUCACCUAUGCAUAUCGCACUCAUGGAAAAGAGCAUUUUACACUCCCUUUGCAUUCUUUCCAUCGAUUUGCCAUGCUUAUAUACACUCAGCCAUACGUCCUAUAAAGAAAGUAUAAAGUCCCGUCCCUCGUAUUUAUUUAUUAGUAAAUUUAGUGCCUGUAGAAGUUUGUUUCGAUUUUACGAUGGUUUAACCGGUGGCGUACCUGGUAGAACAAAAUCUGGAAUCUUCAGUUUGCUUCAGGUUUCAUGCUAUGUGCGUCCUUCACACCAGAAUCAUGCCACAUUAUGUUUCUUAUGAAGUAGCCACCAGAAACUCGGCAGAUAUCACCAUAUGCAUUAAUCACGUUGUAUGCUUUAAGAACGUCAGUUUUAAAGUUUGAAGUAUUUGUCUAAAGUAAUAUUCAUGCUAGAUUGCGAAGUGAUUUCGUAAUAAGAACCUAAUUUCAAACUGGAAUGCUCAAUUUCUUCAAGUCCAAGAAAAAAAUGAUGUGACUUUUUAGAUGAGAUAAUUAACUUUGCGCAUGCUUAUAUAUCAUAGAAAAGCGUGGGCUUUCACGGGUGUGGCUUAAAUAUGCAGCUGAAAAUAUGCUCAGCCAAAAGCCAGCAUCUCACCGUGCAUUAGUUAACUUGUUAUUAGCUUCUGCAUUAAAGCACCAUAGCAACCCCGUCUAUGCUAUCUUUGUGCUUGAAAGAAAACUAAGAAGUAUUAAGACGUUGGAGGAGUUUUGAUGCUAACUCAGAAAUCUUUUUAUGUAACAGUCUUUUAAUUAUCAUCAUAAAAUCAUUCCUCGAGUGCUAUCUGAUAAAGUCCACGAGAAGGGUUAGUUCAUCAAAGCAUCAAGAAGCUCAUGUUGCACAGUACUCAUAAAACCUCCCUUUACUAUUCUGGCUUCCACUAACAGCGUUUAACAUGGCUCCAACAAUUUUAGGUUCUAAAUCAUCCCGACAACAAUAAAUGAGGUAUUGGGCCAACGUUUAUAUGUGGGUCGAUUAGCCCACUUAUGCACAAAAAAUGUUAAGCGUUAGUUGGAAACCUUAGUAAAAGACAUGCCGACUGAGCCAACGACUCCAUUUGGGUGAUGAUUUAUACAUCGUGAAUGAAUUAACGGAAACCCUUCAUAGAGCGCACAUCUAGAAAGUAGAAACUAAAUCGAGGAUGGUUUGGCAUAUAUAGGGGAGAAGACCAGUUUGGGUAUUCCAAAAAUUGAAACAUGCUUGAGCGAACAAUCUUCAAACGGGCAGUAUCACUUGAUUGGCUAUAUUUAUCUGCGCGGAAGGUAAAUUUCAUAGCUUUGGAGUAAAAUGCCAAAUAGCCAUUCAGUCAGUGAACAAAAAGUUUUUUCAAAACCGCAAAAAAAUAAUCCUCAAACUUCUGAUACAGCCUCAGCUUGCAUCUGUACUUUCAUCAGUUUAAAGUUAAUUUUGUUCAUCUAUGAUCCAGGAAAACGCGUUUUCGUCGCGAAGGAAGCGUCGAACACUGGAAUCCCAGCGUGAGUCCCUUCAAGAAUUUCCUAUCGUGAGCUCCUUAAAUGAUUCUCUAGCAAGCCAUGUAUACACUAUUUAGCUGCACUUUGCGUAUGUGUUCGCGCUUCAAACGAAAACCGAUAUAUUGGCAAACAACGUGUUUUAAUACAAAGAAUUCAAGUCUACUUCUGCAAACAAUCGAUCCCUUUUCCGAUAUGAACUGCCAACGUACUCUAAACCAGCCUACACUUUACAACUGCUUAUAUAUAUCCCGCAGGUGAAGGCAAAAACAAGGACAUGGGCAAUGGGCCACGCGAGCGUUCCGCCUUCCACAGGCCAAGUGGGAAGUUUAGUCCACACAGGCAUGAGAGGCCUUUUUUCGACUCGGCGGAGGCAGCUGCCGAAGACGAGACCGGAGCCCUUUUGUCGUCUGAGCAAAUGGAUCCCCUGGGAGACGACACAUCCCGCCCUGGGCGUCGGCGUGUUGAAUCGCAGAGGGGCGCAGAAGCGCCGCUGUCUACUGGCAACGUAAGAUUGCGCCGUGACGCUCCUAUCUACGACCGAAGACCGCAGCGUCGAACGUCGCCCCUUCUUUCACAGCCUACCGCCUACUACGCUUCAGAUCAUAUAUCCAGCUACCCGCCGGGCUUGUGCGCUGACGGUUUCUACCAGGACACGGACUGCUCUGAGUGUCUUGCCCGGCGGCUUUACUCUGAACGUGAUAUUCCGCGCGCGUCUUCCUCUCGCCGGCAGCAGGGUAGGUUAUCGAUUUUGAUUCUAACCGGAGCUCGUAAUGGCGAUCCCACACCAUGA